AGCUAGCCGAACCGAAGCAGACAGGAGAAAACCAGAUUGCUGUCCGGUAAACUAGAGUGUGAGUACAACCGCGUGAACGUCAUUGGGGAUCCGACCGAGAAUGAUGGUGUUGUCUGUCAGUGUCUUCGUUGUGCUUUCUGUCGUCGGCCAGACAAACGCUGACACUCAGCGCCUCACGUGCACAGACGUAAGAAGCAAGUGCGACAGCGACGUGAUAUGCAGAUAUUUGUUCUUCAACUACGUGCACUUGUGCUCGACGGUCACUUCGCCUGCAAACACGUGCUCACAAGAAUGCAAAGACAGCUACAUCGAUCUGAUUUCGAACUCGGUGGGAAGUCUCUGGCACGACUGCGAUUGCGGAACAGGAGCUCUGGGAGACAUAUGCACGACCUUUGCGAACUCCGUCAUGAGGAAAUGCUUUAGAGAUGUCAGACCGACCCCUCCCGCUUCCGCCUUCAAUCACACUGGACAGCUCAUUUGUUCCGACUUGGUGAAGUCAUGUUCGAUUAGCACCACGUGCCAAUCUCGAUACCUCGCGUACUUGAAGAUCUGUACGUCUUCCCUAGCGCAACUCACUUGUGCACAACAGUGCAACGAGUCGUUCUACAAUCUACUUCGGAAUCCAAUCGGUAACAAGUUCUCAAGCUGCGAGUGUGGCGAUGACGUUGUGUGUCAAUUAACACUGAACAAUGUGCUAUCAAUCUGCUAUGGUGGUAACUCACCCGUUCCGCCUCCCAUAGUGGAUGUACCAACAGCGAAUCCGGUUGGCUCCUGCGAGAACGUUUAUGAUAACUGCUUCCUCGACAAGGUUGGUUCGUGUGGAAGCUACAUCCUCCUUGCAUCAAGUCAAUGCGGUGAUGAUUUAUCCUCAAAACAAGACAAUCAAAAUUUUCUUCCUGGUUUUGCGUCUUGUGUAUCCAAACUAAAAGCUGUAAUGUCUAUCAUUCCAUAUGCAAGUGAGAUACUGACGUGCAGUUGUUCAAAUUCCACCUCUUACAAGUGCAUUGCCAUUUCCGGAGUACAAAAAAUGAAUUCUUUGUAUCGAAUCGCAGCUCCUUCAGCUGCUACUACUACGUCUGCAGUAUUUCAUUCAUGUGAAGCUCUUAGAAUGAAAUGCUAUUUGCAGCUUGGUGCACAGUGUGAAAAUUCCCAGCAACAAGUGUUCCAAGGAAAUUGCGGUUACUUCUACUCAAAUAGUCAAGCUGCUGCUAACUUGUCACAGUCAUGUACUGAUGAGUGUCAGUCAAGUCUGCAAGAAUUGGUUGCGAAUCCAUCUGGGCACUAUAUAUAUAUUCUCACAUGCUCCUGUGAAGACAAUAACUCAGUUGUUUGCCAGAAUGUGAUGAGAUAUCGGGCAGUCUUCAACCAUUGUCGUGUGACUGGAGUGACGGCUGGAGAUUGUAGAAGUGCAUUGGCUAGUCUACUACUCACAUUUAUGUUAGCUGCUAUUGGAUGUGUCUUGCUGAUGCUGUAAGCUGGACAUGAAAGACUUAUAAUUAGCCAUUGCUGUUGCUUUCGUGUUGUUCAUGCAUGCUUGCAUCUGUUUCUAAUAAUGCCGCUGACGCUUCUUUUGCUAAGUCUUGAAUUGAAUUAUAACAAAAUUGAUGCUACUAA